GAUUCCUAACGUUGUCAAGGCUGGCCACAAGGCUGUACUGAUCAUCCUCGUCUUGGAUCUGUUGGGUCAGAAGGGGCAUCGUCCACUGCGCAUUCGGCCCCGAGGGAUGCUCCUGGGGCCAAGAACUGCUCGGCGGAUCGCCAAACACCUGAAGGGAUUAGACAAUAAAAUUCCCAUCAGUGCUGGCGAGGUCCGGCGAGCUCCACCUGCGGUGAGAGGUGGAAGGGCGCUGGGAGGCUGAACUCGGCUGACCAGGCCGAACCCCACCUAUGUCACUUAACUGUCUUUGUAAUUCUGGGGGAAAAUUAUCUAAGCUACGGUUUCCUCGUCUCCGUGAGAGGACAAUAACGUGAAAAGUUGUGAAGAAUGAAGACACGCAACUGACACGGUAUCUCCCGGCCAAACAGGAGCUACAAAUCCGCGGGGAGUCGGUUUUGUGCAGCCCGCGCCACCAGCCCCGCCUCCAACAAAACAGGCGAUGGCGGGGCGGGCCCGGAGUGUCCAGAUGAUCCUCCAAGAGUCCCAGACAAGCCCAUUCACCAGCCCGCCCGCGGGACAGCAUCGCUGACUAGUCUCGGGGUUCCCGAGUGCGGAAACCCUACCUUUGCGGUGGGGUCUGGACGCCCGAGAGCCCUUCCCAGCAAAGUCCCUGAGGAGGAGCGAGGCGGCUCCGAGAAAUCGCGGAGAAAGUGAAGCCAGUCCCGCCACUCUUCAGACGGGCCCUCCACCUCAGCCACCGUCACCACAGAGCUGAAGGAGGCCUAGAGAGCCGCGCGUGCCGCGCCGAGACCGGAAGGAGGAGCUGAGCGCUUAGAGCCGCAGAACCAUAGAGAUCGGAAAUAGGAGCGAGCGGCAGCGCCGGAAAGGAGGCCAAGAGCGCGGGCGGCGAGGCAAGAUGGCGGCAACCAAGAGGAAACGGCGUGGAGGUUUUGCAGUUCAGGCGAAGAAGCCAAAAAGAAACGAAAAAGAUGCGGAGCCGCCAGCUAAGCGGCACGCCACAGCAGAGGAGGUGGAGGAAGAAGAGAGGGACCGGAUCCCAGGCCCCGUUUGCAAGGGAAAGUGGAAAAAUAAGGAACGGAUUCUCAUCUUUUCUUCCAGAGGAAUAAAUUUCAGAACAAGACAUUUAAUGCAGGACUUGAGAAUGUUGAUGCCUCAUUCUAAAGCAGAUACUAAAAUGGAUCGUAAGGAUAAGCUAUUUGUGAUUAACGAGGUUUGUGAAAUGAAGAACUGUAAUAAAUGCAUCUAUUUUGAAGCUAAGAAAAAACAGGAUCUCUAUAUGUGGCUUUCAAAUUCACCUCAUGGACCAUCUGCUAAAUUCCUUGUUCAAAAUAUUCAUACUCUUGCUGAACUAAAGAUGACUGGAAACUGUUUGAAAGGUUCUCGGCCCCUUUUGUCUUUUGACCCUGCUUUUGAUGAAUUACCACAUUAUGCUUUGUUAAAAGAACUCUUAAUUCAGAUCUUUAGUACACCACGGUAUCAUCCCAAAAGCCAACCAUUCGUGGACCAUGUGUUUACUUUCACCAUUUUGGAUAAUAGGAUAUGGUUUCGGAACUUUCAGAUCAUAGAAGAAGAUGCUGCUCUUGUAGAAAUAGGACCUCGUUUUGUCUUAAAUCUCAUAAAGAUUUUCCAGGGAAGUUUUGGAGGACCAACUUUAUAUGAAAAUCUUCACUACCAGUCACCAAACAUGCAUCGGCGUGUCAUAAGAUCCAUCACAGCUGCAAAAUACAGAGAGAAACAGCAAGUGAAAGAUGUGCAAAAACUGAGAAAGAAAGAGCCGAAGACUCUUCUUCCACAUGAUCCCACUGCAGAUGUUUUUGUAACGCCAGCUGAGGAGAAACCAAUAGAAAUACAGUGGGUGAAACCAGAGCCAAAAGUUGAUUUGAAAGCAAGAAAGAAACGGAUUUACAAAAGGCAAAGAAAAAUGAAACAGAGGAUGGACAGUGGGAAAACAAAAUAAGUCAAUGGAAACCUGAUUUGUUUUUCAGUUAUUUUAUAUUUAUUUUGUAUUCAAUUUGUAAAUACUUUUAUUAUCUAAUACUGUCUUAUGUCUAAUUAGUAUAGCAUUUAGAAGAAAGAAAAAUUAAGAUCUUAAAAUCAGUGAUUAUCUUUUUCUAAAUAAAAUAUCACCAGAAUUCAUCAGU